CCACCUUCAGACUGAACUAACAACGUCCUCUGAGUGAGUUCAUCUACAGGAGAGAGGAGGAGGAAACUACAACACUGCAGACGCUCCACACACUGAAGCGUCACUCAGAGACAAAAUGGCUUCCAGGUUAGAGGAGGAUCUCUGCUGUCCGGUGUGUCAUGAUGUCUUCAGAGAGCCUGUCGUUCUGUCAUGUAGCCACAGCUUCUGUAAAGACUGUCUGCAGAGCUGGUGGACAGAGAGACGAACACGGGAGUGUCCAGUUUGUGAGAGAAGAUCUUCAGAGGAAAUUCCACCUGUUAACCUGGUGUUAAAGAAGCUGUGUGAGACCUUCUUACAGGACAGAGAUCAGAGAGCUUCAGAGGAUCUCUGCAGUCGGCACUCUGAGAAACUCAAACUCUUCUGUCUGGACCAUCAGCAGCCGGUGUGUCUCGUCUGCAGAGACUCGGACCAACACACCAACCACAGAUUCAGACCCAUCGAUGAAGCUGCACGACAACACAAGAAGAAACUUCAGGAAACUCUGGAGCCUUUAAAGAAGAAGUUAAAGGUUUGUGAAGAAGUUAAAGUGAAGUUUGAUCAGACAGCAGAACACAUGAAGGUCCAGGCCCGACACACAGAGAGGCAGAUUAAGGAUCAGUUUAAGAAGCUGCACCAGUUUCUAGCAGAGGAAGAGGAGGCCAGGAUGGCUGCACUGAGGGAGGAAGAGGAGCAGAAGAGUCAGAUGAUGAAGGAGAAGAUGGAGGCUCUGAGCAGAGAGAUAGCAGCUCUUUCACACACAGUCAGAGCCACAGAGGAGCAGCUGAGAGCUGAAGACGUCUCAUUCCUGCACAACUACAAGGCUGCAGUGGAAAGAGUCCAGCAGCGCCCCCUGCUGGAGGAUCCACAGCUGCCCUCAGGAGCUCUGAUAGACCAGGCCAAACACCUGGGCAACCUGAGCUUCGACAUCUGGAACAAGAUGAAGGACAUGGUCUCCUACACUCCUGUGGUUCUGGACCCAAACACUGCUCAUCCAGAACUCAUCCUGUCUGAAGAUCUGAGCAGUGUGAGAGGAGGAGAGAGACAGAAGCUUCCUGAUAAUCCAGAGAGGUUUGAUUAUUACAGCUCUGUCCUGGGAUCUGAGGGCUUUAACUCAGGGACUCACAGCUGGGACGUCGAGGUUGGAGACAGUACAUUCUGGAUACUGGGUGUGUGUGCAGAAUCUGCUCAGAACAAGGCAAGCACAGUGCCUGGAUUAUGGAGUAUAAUGUCAUCCAAUGGUCAGUACUUAGUGGAGUCACCAUCAGCUCCAGCCACUUUUCUCGUAGUGCAGAAGAAGCUCCAGAGGAUCAGAGUGAAUCUGGACUGGACCAGAGGAAAUCUGUCGUUCUCUGAUCCUGAUACUAACACACACCUACACACCUUCACACACACUUUCACUGAGAGAAUGUUUCCUUUUAUUUGCACUGUGGAUGAACUCCCAUUGAAAAUAUCACCCCUGAAGGUGUGUGUGACAGUGGAACAGAGCAGUUAAAGAAGUGCUUCAUCUCUGGAAAGACAGCCCUUAAAUAAAACAGUCUCUGUGCAGUAGAAAGUAAAAGGGCCGUGGUACUCACCUCUACUGAAAAGGGUUAAACCCAGAGUGCACAGCGCUGCACCGGAUUGGACAGGGCUUGAUUUUGGCUCAGAGAAAGUUCUGAAAGAGGAGACAGUGAGGCGGCCGGAUGGUGACGAACAAUUUUGUGCUGCAUUUCACAGUGAAAAAACUGUAUUAUCCAGGACGUAACCCUAACCCAGUUAAAGGCAUACAUUUGGUGUAAAUUUAACCCAUGGUCUAACGCACCAUGACACAGAGUAAGACCCCCCCUCGAGAGAUCAGUUUUGCAGACCACUAGCUUACGUAGUUUUAGCAACCUCAGAAUAGACCGCAUGAUAACAGUCCAUUGCAGUGUAUGCCUCCAAGAUGAAACCGACAUAAAAAAAAAACCACUCAUAACCACAAAUAAUGCUCAGAACAGCACCAAACUUCAGCAACAGUACAAAUAGGAUCUCAGCACAUAGUUUGAGGCAUAAAACAUCUGCUAGCUUGGCUGGAUUUCUAUUGUAAAGUGAACACAACUCACCACCUCUGCAGCAGCUUCCUCCUGUGAGGAAGCCCGACGAGUCGAUUACCAAGUGCAGUAGAGUUCAGCAGCUCAAGGAUGAAUAUGUAUAAUUAUUGGUCCACGGAAAUGCAAUCAAAGUUCAUAUGUGUCUUGCCCACCAGUUUAUAACAGUUAUUAUCGAUUAAACUUACACCGGAAUAUCCCUUUAAUAACCCAAAAGAUUUUGGUUCAUCAAAUAGGUUAGAAAUUUGAUUUAUAAAUAAAUUCUCUUCACACUCUAAUUAUUUCUAGGUACAAAUCAACAUCUGCUCCUGUAGUAGACUAAAGGGUUCAAAAUGUGAAUCUGAAAUAUUAGCACUGUCCAAAUAAUGCUAAAAUUAAUAACGCACAUUUAUGAAUGACUGUCAACAGUACACUUCCUCACAUGGGGCACCAUUAUGUUUGAGGUUCAAUUUGGCUAUCAAUAAUAAUUAAUUAUUAUCAGGGAUAAUUAUUAAUUAUGACAAAUAAUAUGAUCCAGUUUACAUUAGAUCAGCCCAGGGGCACCACCCUUGAAGAAGGGAAAAUAUAGCCAAUUUAAUAAUUUUAGUCUAAUAUAAAGGUACUAAAGUGUUAAAUGCUCUGAUUAAUAAUAAACUUAAUGACUACAACCAAGUUCACCAUAACAGCUAGUAAUGGUUGAAGGAUUGUGGAGAUCUUGACAGUGCAGAGUAAGAGAGGAAGAACAAGGAAGGUUUUGGAGUUUUGUUCAUCUGAUCAGAGGGCGUCUGUCACCCUGACCAGUUGGAGCUCAAAGCUGAAUUUUGCACCGAGGUGUGAAGAAUGAUAAUUCUGGGACACUGAGUUCAGUUCAGAGUCCAUUUUGAGAUCCACAGUGAAUGACUUCGUCUGUGGGUCAAAACACUGUGUUAUACUAUUGGCCGACAAACCUCGUUAGAAGCUGAACCAACUGUCAUAAUUUUGACACAGAGAUAAACAGAACAAUUAAUUUGGACCUGACAAACAUUUUAAAAUCAUUUAUUCACAAUCAUAAUAAUGUUUUUUAAGGAAAAGAGGGACUUUUAUUCUGCAUCGUUGUACAAGCACUGUAGAUGUUUUAUUUCUAAAAUGAUUUGUCGACACAAAAAUAUUGUUAACAUGAUUUUAUUUAAUUUAAAAAUCACAGAAUUCAAGUCGUUAAGCUUCACCUGCUCCUCCUGCUGUCUCAUCAUUCAGAAAACACAUAUUUCAUUUUUUCUGUUUUGUUUUUGUUUUGUUUGACAGUUUGCUUUGUGUCUCUAUUGUCGACCUUUUCAUGACUAAAAUGAUUUCCUAGUUUCUGAUCUCUCUCUCUCUCUAUGUGUGUGUAACUAUGAAAAACCCAAUUUAAGAAUGGGCUAAAAUAAAUCAAUCAAUUAAUAACUGCAUGGUUCUUUGUUCAGAUCCAAAAACUUUGUUUGAAAUUUGAGUCCAGAUUAUACAUUUUUCAUGAAAUAUUUGUAAUAAAAUAAAUAUACUGAAUGAUUAAAAAUA